AUGGAAUUAGGUGCGAAGUGGAUUUGCCUUUCGCAAAGCUCUUCUUACUGUUGGUAUUUAUACAAUAAUAAUAAUGGGAUUUUUCUGUUCUUGUUUGCCAGGCGAUUUGUAGGACAGAACAGUCAGAAGCACCUGCCACCAAUUUUCUUCAUCAGCUCCGUUUUCUGGAUGUUCAUGACAUGGUUCAUCUGUUUUCUACCCGAUCUGCCACAAGCGACUGUCCAGAUCCCCUUUGUGAUCAGUGUGUGUCUCCUCUUGUAUUAUUUCUACAAGACGUGGAGGUCGGACCCCGGGUACAUCAGAUCCUCCGAGGAGGAAAGGAAACAGACAAUCAUCACCCUGGCUGAAGCUGGCUGUCUGGAUGUGAGACUCUUCUGCACCUCCUGUCUGGAAAAGAAACCAAUGAGAUCAAUGCACUGUCAUGCCUGCAAUUCCUGUGUGGCCAAGUAUGACCAGCACUGUAUAUGGACCGGACACUGUAUAGGUGCCGGUAACCACCAUUACUUUGUCCUUUUCCUGUGUGCCAUGGUAUUUGUGGGCCACUGGAUGAUCUACGCCUCCUCUAUAUAUUGGGUCAGUCAGUGCUCCACCAGUAUACGGAAGGACGGAGUGUGGGGAUUCUUGUCGGAGAUCGUGACCUGCUCCCCCUGGGUCCUUUAUAUCUUCCUCAUUGUCUGCUCCCUCACUGUGUGGGCAACACUUAUGUUUAUCAUGCAGAUCUACCAGAUUGCAGUUCUUGGUCUGACAACUCAAGAAAGAUUCAAUUUCCAAAUGCAGAAUAGAUUCAGCAAACACAAAGUGUCAAUGAGGAGAACUCCUUUCAACCGUGGCUGUAUCCAGAACAUUGCAGACUUCUUCCAAUGUCGGUGCUUCGGUCUGAUAAAAGUGACCCCCGUGGACUGGACCAAGCAAUUUCUCGGCACGUUCCACCCGUCCAAGAUGAGGAGCCCUCAGCCUGUUUAGAGGCCAACGCCUACAAUGGUGGUCUGAAGGUUUUUACUUCUAGGUUCUCAGAUGAACUGGUGCCUUACCUAAGAACUGUCCGAGGUGCAUUGCAGCCUUAUGGUCCCCCCUCCUCCACCACUCACCUUUCUGUCUGCAGGAAGCUGAAGUGUCCGCUGUUGUUUGGGAACACCAAGUGAAGUUUAUAUGUUUUGAAUCUUUCAUCUUUUUGAUUACCAUGUGAGUGGAAGAGGGUGUCCUUAAUAAGACUUAUACAUGCUUUAGGGUUU